AUGAAGGCAGAUAGCUUUUUGAACAAAUUGAAACCGUCACUAGUCGCUUUAGCGACCACCGCCUAUCUUUGGUUUUCUAUUCUAGCUUUGCUACUUGCGAUUGUCCUACUCCACAUCCCAAACGCCUCUUGUACAUCUGUGGCAGGUCCACGAUCUUGCAUUCCUCAGUACAAGAUUCGAUUUCUGGAAGUUCCAGAUCGCGAUCAGGACAUACUCCAGGGAGCCAAAGGUCUUUUGAGACUACUUUCAUACGUGGCGGUCGAUCUGAAUGCAAAUGGCAAAGCUGCUGCUUCGGCCGACUACGACGACGUUAAUCUGGUAAACACCUUCAAUCCGUCUAACUAUUUUAAAAUCAACCAUUUGGGAUAUUGCAAGGAACAGCCCUCAGUGACCAAGAUUCCUUGCUACUGCACCAAUAAUCUCAAUGGAUUGGAACCCAUUUCCAUGCUCGUCAGAGACGUGGGCGUCCAAUUUGGGAUCACCUCUUCAAAAAAUCCGUACAUGAUGGGCAAUUCGUUCGUGUACGCUUUCAAGCUGGGGCUUCGCGCUUUGAUGGACGCCGGUAAAGCUACGGGGACCAACAGCAACGACAACGACAAUAUUUUUGCCAAAUACCUAAACACGGGCUCUGAGUCCGACAACGAUGUCCCUGCCCGGGAUUUUAGCCAAUGGCAAGGAGUUGCAGAGCUGUUGACAGUACUGCAGAACUUAUGCUGGUCUGUCAGCUUUAUCAGUCUAAUCGAGUUUUCGCUCUGCUUUCUCAUUGUCAUAUCCACCGUGAUCACAGCUCCUGCAGCGCUCACGGGACGGCAACGAAAGAAAAGGUCUAAGAGGGUGUGGCGGUCUGUUGAUACCUGGGGCUGCAUUGCUCUCAAAGUGCUUCCAAUCUUUACGGCUAUUGUGAGUUUUUUCGGAGUAUUUAUGUCGAGCGUGCUGUACUCGUCUUUGACCAAGGCCUCCGCAACCCACGGUCUUUCCAAAAAGUACUACGAGCUUCAGGUGGGAGAUGCCUUUUAUCUGAACGUUGCAAGGCUGGCUCUUGAAUGCGCUUUAGUCUGGCAGACACUGAAGUUUAACAAGCACAAGAACAAAACCGAAAACGACCCACAGAUGAGUCCCGCAUCUCUAGAAAAUUGGCCCAAGGACCUAGAAAUGGACUCAAUUCUGUCAUCGAGCACUACAGUGUAA